AUGUCUCCCCAAUCAGCCACCACAUCUCAGGCGCUUCCACCGAACUUCGAGUGGGGGUUCGCAACCGCAGCCUACCAGAUCGAAGGUGGCAUCGACGAGGGAGGGCGUGGUCCCUGCAUCUGGGAUACCUUCACUCAUAUACAGCCCUCCCGGACCAGCGGAGGAACCGGCGAUGUUGCUUGCGACCAUUAUCAUCGAUACGAGGAGGAUCUGGACCUCCUCACCAAAUUCGGUGCAAAGGCGUAUCGGUUCUCUCUUGCAUGGUCGCGCGUUAUUCCCCUCGGCGGGCGUGAUGACCCUGUUAAUGAGGAAGGCCUUGUUUUUUACGAUAAACUCAUCGACGGGCUCAUCGCUCGGGGCAUUACGCCUUGGCUGACCCUCUAUCACUGGGACCUACCCCAGGCGCUGCAUGACCGAUACGGAGGCUGGCUCGACCUUGAGGAGUCACAGAAAGAUUUCGAAAGAUAUGCGAGGGUGUGUUAUGAGAGGUUCGGAGACCGAGUGAAGAACUGGAUCACGUUAAAUGAGCCGUGGGUCUGCGCGAUUCGUGGCUACUCCACUGGUAUCGAUGCUCCUGGGCGAAGCAGUACCAACAAGGACUGUGCCGAGGGCGACUCGACCACAGAGCCUUGGAUUGCCGGCAAGAGCCUCAUUAUGGCGCACGCGAGAGCGGCAAGCUUGUACAACAAGGAGUUCAAGCCUAAGAACGGAGGGCAGAUCGGAGUGUCCUUGAGUGGUGACUAUUUUGAGGCAUGGGACUCCAAUGAGCCCAAAGACCACGAUGCAGCCGAGACGAGGAUGGAAUUCUGCAUUGGCUGGUUUGCCAAUCCCAUGUUCCUUGCCCAGGAUUAUCCCAAGGUCAUGCGUGACCAGCUUGGGGAACGACUCCCGCGUCUCACGGAUGCGGAAAUUGCACUCCUGCGCGAGGCAGAUCUUGACUUCUACGGCAUGAACUAUUACACUGCCCAGUUUGGUCGUCACCGUACCACCCCUGCUCCGGACACAGAUUUUAUCGGCAAUCUAGACGAGCUCCAGGAGAAUAAGAACGGUGUGUCCAUUGGCGACCCAAGCGGCGUUUUCUGGCUCCGGUCUGCCCCCUCCUGCUUCCAGAAGCACCUCGUCAGGGCCUAUAAAAGGUAUGGGAAAACCAUCUACAUCACCGAGAAUGGAUGUCCCUGCCCUGGUGAAGAUACAAUGACCCGUAAUGAGUCCGUCAAGGAUGACUACCGUCAGCGAUACUUCUCAGAACAUUUGGACGCUCUUGUUCAGGCGAGGCAGGAUGGUGCAGAAGUAGCUGGGUAUUUCGCCUGGUCGUUGCUUGAUAACUUUGAGUGGUUCUCCGGGUACGAUAUCCGAUUUGGUGUGACUUUCACAGAUUGCGAGACGCUAGAGAGAACGCCGAAGCAGUCGGCUUUAAUGAUUCAGGACAUGAUCAAGCAAAGGACACAGGCUUCAUUGUAGGAAAAUGAGAAUCGAAGAGACGGGCUCUUUCGAAUUGGGACUGGAAUUCCGUGGUGACGUAGAAGAUCAACCGCCGCUAUUUAAAUGAAAUAUAACUGAAAU